AUGCUAUCACCGUACGUUUUAACCACUUUAACCGUUGUUUUUGCGUUAAUAAUGGCCUGGUCGCUACACCAUAUUGAAGAAGGACACGUUGGAGUCUAUUAUAGAGGCGGUGCAUUACUGAGUCGUGUUAGUCAACCGGGUUAUCACCUGAUGUUCCCGUUUUUUACCACAUACAAGUCAGUUCAAGUUACACUACAAACCGACGAAGCGAAAAAUGUGCCAUGUGGCACGAGUGGAGGUGUAAUGAUUUACUUCGAUCGUAUUGAAGUAGUCAACAUUCUGUCGUCAGCGAGCGGUUCAAUUGCAGUGUAUGAUAUCGUGAAGAAUUAUACGGUUGACUAUGAUAAGCCGUUGAUAUUCAAUAAGGUUCAUCAUGAAGUGAAUCAGUUCUGUAGUAGUCAUACGCUACAAGAAGUUUAUAUCGAUUUAUUUGAUCAAAUCGAUGAAAAUCUAAAGACAGCGCUUCAAGAAGAUUUGACAGUGAUGGCGCCUGGUCUUUUUGUACAAGCCGUGCGUGUUACGAAGCCAAAAAUACCUGAAUCAAUUCGUCAGAAUUAUGAACAAAUGGAAGCUGAAAAAACGAAACUUCUCGUUGCAAUUCAACAUCAACGUGUCGUUGAGAAAGAGGCUGAAACAGAGCGUAAAAAAGCUGUUAUUGAAGCCGAAAAGGCAGCGCAGGUAGCUGCCAUCCACUAUGAGCAGCAUAUUGCCGAAAAAGAAGCACAGAAGCGUAUCUCGCAACUGGAAGAUGAAAGUCAUUUGGCACGAGAAUUAGCAAGAGCAGAUGCCGAGUAUUAUACGAAAAAGAAACAGGCUGAAGGAAACGCAUUGCUGUUGACUCCCGAGUUUUUGGAGUUGAGAAGAAUUGAAGCGAUUGGUGCGAAUAAUAAAAUCUAUUACGGAUCGAAUAUUCCGAAUGUGUUCUUGAAUACGAAUGAGUUAUUGAGUACGGUCAAAAAAAGUGGAGUAAAAGGAGGAAGUAGUACAUCUAAGAAGCACGAAUAA